AUGGUAAGCGACCUCAUCAACAGGGACAGUGUCUCUUGGGACCCGGGCAAGGUUAGACAGUGUUUUGACUGGAAUAGCUCAAGAAAUAUCCUCUCUAUGGAAUUACCUUCGAAUCUAAAGGAUGAUUUCCUAUAUUGGAAGUACCAUCCUUCUGGGAGAUACAGUGUAAAAACUGGAUACUACUUUCUAUCCAGAAACCAAAUGAUGAACGACUCUCCCCUCUCUACAAAGGAUGAGAGAUUUGCAAAACUCAUUUGGAGUUUGAACAUUCAACCAAAAUGGAAGAUCUUCCUAUGGAAACUCCUUUAUGAUGGCAUAGCAGUAAAGGUAAACCUUGUUAACAGGGGCAUAGCAGUAGAUGCUACCUGUGAUGUUUGUGGUUUAGAGUUGGAAGAUAGUCAACACUUGUUCCGUUUCUGCUCUCUGGCAAAGUAUGUCUGGGAUAAUAGUCCUAUGACUGUUUGCUGUGAUAUUACUGGAUUCCAGUCCCUGCGAAGUUGGAUCCAGCACUUUAUCCUGCUGUUUUAUAGCGAGGAUGGCAGACAUAGUACCCGUAUUAUCUGGUUCAUUGAAAAUUUAUGGGGCCUAUGGACGGCAAGAAACACGAAAGUGUUUAAAGGAAUUGGGGUCACAACGGCAACAGUUGUAGAACUGGUUAAUUUAGCACUCAAGGAUCAUGAGGUGUUCAAUGAAGAGGAUAAGACCCGGGAUAUGGGUGGAAUAGAAGCGAGAAGAGAACCCACCUUACCUCCUGGUUUCAACCAUGUCGAUGGCUCUUGGGAUAAAGCUUCUACUAGAGCGGGCAUUGGCUGGGCUUUUAUUUGCCCUAAUCAAGCAGACACCAACGAUGGAGGAGGGAAGUAUGGGACCGCUUUCUCGGCGCUACAGUGUGAGGCAUGGGCAUGCCUUGAAGCUCUAAAGUGGGCUAAUAGGCAAGGAAAGGAGGAGGUUCUUGUUCUCUCCGAUUCAGUGUUACUGCUUGAAAAUCUAAGAAGUAACCAAGGGAAGGAAAUUUCGAUAGCUUGGCUAAUUGAAGAUAUUAGGGUAAUCGCUCUUAAUUUCAGAAAAUGCUCUAUAAUUAAGGUUACAAGGGAGCAAGUGCAACGGGCUAAUGAUAUCGCAAAUACGUGCCGUUGUACUCUCUCUAAUUUAGUUCUUUAA